UUCUGCAACCAUCCUCCCCGCUUACUUUGAAACAGGGAGGCCUGCCACUCUUCCAUCUACACCAUGUCGAACACCUCACCUUCACUCCCGCCUGGCUUCCGCUUCCACCCUACCGACGAGGAGCUCAUCCUUGAUUACCUCUGCAAGCGAGCAGCAUCAGCUCCCUGCCCUGUCGCCAUAAUCGCUGACAUCAACAUAUACAAGUUCAACCCAUGGGAUCUCCCAGCUAAAGCUAAGUUUGGGGAGAGGGAAUGGUAUUUCUUCACCCCCCGUGACCGCAAGUACCCCAAUGGAGUCCGGCCGAACCGGUCUGCAGGGUCUGGCUACUGGAAAGCAACCGGAACAGACAAACCGAUCACAACGAGCCGAUGGAAUGAGAACAUUGGCGUUAAGAAGGCUCUGGUGUUCUACAAGGGGAAGCCUCCCAAGGGCGUGAAGACUAACUGGAUCAUGCACGAGUAUAGACUUGCUGAAACUCUUCACAGCAAUCAAACCAAACAGCUGAAGCUUAGAGAAGGAUCUAUGAGACUGGAUGACUGGGUUCUCUGCCGAAUCUAUCAGAAAACCAGACAUCAUUCUUCGGUUGAUCGCGAGCAAGACGACGAUGCAGGAACCAUGAAAUUCGCAAACUCGAACAAGAUUCACAAGUCUUUCUCUGUUUCUGAGUUCCUGGUCGAGGAUGCUGAUUUCUCUCUGUUAUCAGGGUUGCUGGAAACACCCAUGAAUGUGCCGUUAACCAAUGAUGAUCCCUUUUCUAACUCGAUUUUGAACCAUUCAUUCGUAAACGAUAUGGGCAACAGCAAUGGCGGCUGCUACGGCACGCAACCAAAUCAAUCGCAAGCUUCAGUAUUGGCUGCAGAACAAAGCCUGAAGCGACAAAAAACGGCGGAUAAUUGCUAUUUUGAGGAUUGUGGAGGUCAACUGAAUCAUUCGAAGAAGCUGAGGAAUUUCAGCAUUUUUGCCCAAUUUAACAACCAGUUUGACAUCUCUCAACCUUUCUUCAACCAGCAACUGCAGCUGAAUUCUCAAUUGGGAUUGCAGUGAACAUAAAUUUCUUCCAGGAACCUUAAAAAACAAGAUGGACGUUGAUUAAAGAGCAAAUUGCUCAUUUUAUGAGUCUCUCACAUACUUAAUGAAAAGGACUUGUGCAAGGAUUUUGAGAGGAAAAAUGGAUGGAAAAUUGUUUAGCUGCUUCAGUUGUGCCCCAAGGAAAAGUUGAGCUGGAAAUUGGAGGGUGGGAUUUGCAUGAUUAAUCAUGCUAUGUAUUUUCUAAUUAUAGUUUAUUUUAAUUUCUUAUUCCCUUUAAAUUAUCUGUUUCUUUUUCAAAGAUAUUUGCUGUGGAUAAUAAUUUA